GCUGAACUCUUGAAAUCUACAGUCAUAACCUCUGCAGAAGAGAGAGAGAAAGAGAUCAGAAGGAUUGUCUCCCAACUAGAGAUUGAACCGGAAAGCAUUUCAAGACAAAGACAAAUCUUAACAAACAAAUAAAGAAAAACAUUGAGAAGUUCUUGGAAUUGUCCAGAAAAAAAACCCAACAAUGAGUCAAAGCGAUAUGCCGUCAACUUCUGAUGUGGAACAACAAACCUUAGCUAGAGAGACUCAAGAGCUCCAAAGGAUGUCAAUAGAGAGAGAGACUUUGAUCAAAUCUAAUGAGGAGUUGAAGAUCCAACUUACAGAUAUACAAAAAGUCACACUGGAAAAAGACAUGCUGCUUAGGGAGAAAGAGGAGGAAAUUAAAAAGCUGUUGGACCUAAACAAAACUUUAAAGGAGGAUAGCAAUACACUGGAGCAGAGAACUACUGACUUGGGCCAGAAAAACACUGCCCUGGAGAUUGAAAAAACCGCUGUAGGGCAGAAAAGCAACACCCUUGAGCAAGUAAAUGCCGCUCUGGAGAAGGAAAAGACCAGUCUGGAACAGAAAAUCGCCACUUUGGAGCAAAAAAACACCGCCCUGGAGCAGGAAAACGCUGCCCUGAAGCAGGAAAACAUCGCCAUUCAGGGUCUGGAAAACACUGCCCCGGAGAAGGACAAGAUCACCCUGAAACAGAGAAACAUCGCCUUAGAAAAGGAAAAAAAUACCAUGGAGAAGGAAAGAACCACUCUGGAGCAGAAUACCACUGCCUUGGAGGAGAAAAUCACCGCCCUGAGCCAGAAAAACACCAUGUUGGAGCAGGAAAAAAGCGCCUUAGAGCAGAAAAUUGCCACCCUGGGUCAGAAAAACACUGCCUGGGAGCAGGAAAAAAGAGCCUUGGAGCAAAAAAAUUCCACUCUGGAGCAGGAAAAUACUGCUCUGGGUCAGAAAAGCGCCACCCUAGAGAAAAUAAACACCACCCUGAAGGAGGAAAACACAGCACUGUGGCAGAAAAACACCUCCCUGGAGCAGGAAAAAACUGCUCUGGAGCCGAAAAGCAUCACACUGGAGCAGGAUACCACUGCCUUGGAGCAGAAAAUCGCCACCUUGGAGGAGGAAAAAAUCGCCUUGGAGCAAAAAAACAUUGCCCUGGGUCAGAAAAGCACCACCCUGGAGCAAAUAAACAACACCCUGAAGGAGGAAAGAACAGCCUUAAAAAAGGAAAAAAAUACCCUGAAGCAGAAAAACACCUCCUUGGAGCAGGAAAAAACUGCUCUAGGAGAGAGAAACAGCACCCUGGAGCAGAGAAACACUGACUUGGAAAAGGAAAGAAUUGCCCUGAAGCAGGAAAUAUUCACUUUACAGCAGAUAAAUGACAUCUUGGAAGACGAAUGCAACUCUUUUGAGCAGGAAAAAAACUUUUUUAAGGAGAACAGCACCUUCUUGGAGAAAAUAAAUACAGCCCUGAAGUUGAAAUGCACCGGUCUGGAGGAAAAAAACACAGCGUUGGAGAAUUUAAUCACCGCCUUGGAGCAGGAGAAGGAUGCCCUGGAGGACAAAAGCACUGCCUUGGAGCAUAUGACCACUGACAUGCAGCUUGAAUUGGAACACCUGAACCAUUGUUUGAGGAACAGAAUGGAACAGCUGAACCAGGAGUCAUCAGAAGAGGAGACCCAAGAAGACAUCCAGCCAGACCAGCCACAGGAGCAGUGUCAUGAGGCCUCCAAGCUUCAUGCUUGAUUAUCGGUGGCAGAAAAGCUUGAGGACAACAGAACUGCGGUGUCAGGGGAAGCUUGAACCUUCAGGGCUUCGUAGCGAGUCCUGUCGGUCUCCUGGCUGACCUCCAGGCUGACCUCCAAGUUGACCUCCAGGCUGACCUUCAGGCUUCGUAGCGAGUCCUGUUGGUCUCCAGGUUGACCUCCAGGGAUUUGUAACCAGUCCCCUUGGUCUCCAGGCUGACCUUCAGGGCGUCGUAGCGAGUCCUGUUGGUCUCUCGACCGACCUCCAGUCUUCAUUGAGGGUCUCAUGGGCCUCCUGGUUCCUGCUCUGCCGCCGGCAGGUACUUGCUCCACUGCCAACGUCCUCCUAGGUUUCUGCUCGGCCACCAGCGUCCUCCAAGGCUGCUGUUCCGCUGGCGUCCUCCUCAGAUUCUUUUGAUUCUUAUUAUGUUUAUUUCUUGUUUCUAGUUAUUUUUGUUUGUUCUAAUUAGGUUCCUUUAGUCUACUUACUCCUUUGUAUUUGUAUUUUAGUUAUGUCCCUUUGUGA